AUGCGAGUAUUCGAGUCGCUCAACUGCAUUCUGUGCAAAGAACCAUUUUCCCGAGUCGCCAAUCAGCCUCGAUCGCCUCGAAAAUUGGGAUGUGGUUUGGCGAUGUGCCAUGAAUGCUUCGAGAUGGAGAAAGCGCAGAAGAAAGAAGACAGGAAACAUCAUUGCAACAAUGGCAAUUGUUUCUAUAAUCCAAACUUUGCCUAUUUUCUCAUUGAUAUGUUAGCCGAGGAAGAUGCUUUAACUUUGGCACCAAUGGAACGGGGAUAUGUGCUUGCGAAACCCUUCAAAGUGCUCGAAUGCUCGGUUUGCCGCGAUGAUUAUUCAACCAAAAUCACUGAAAGACAACCUUUUGCUAUGUAUUGUAAUCAUACGAUUUGCACGGGAUGCUUUCUAAAGUUGCGAGUGCAAAAUGAGAAUGGUGCGAACAAGGAGAUGAAGUACAUGAUCACUUGCCCGACUUGCGGCGCCGGCAGCGAGACGAGCCGUGAUAAGUGGAAGGAUCGAUUGCAUGAUUUUCUCGACGAAUUGCCCAGGAUGACACGACAAUUGCAGGCGGCCAUGAAUGCUCCGACUUGUGAUGAGUGCUAUGAGAAGUACAUCAUCGACGUCAUGUUUUACUGCUCUAUGUGUCGGAUUAAAAUUUGUGGCUCUUGCGCUUAUUUGCAACACCGUUUGCACGAUGCCAAAUCGCUAUUGACAAAACAGGCCGGUGAAAUGUUGGUGGAACUGCGAAAUGAUUCGGCGAAUGUUGUCAAAAAUUACGAAGAUUUAUUGCCCGAGCUGCACAAGGGAAUCCUCGAGGAUGUCAGCUUCUUCAAGACGAAAUUGCUCUUGAAGGAAAACAUUCUGACGGACGUUUCAACUUUUGGUGAUUUGAUGGAAAAACACCAGACAUUCACAAAGGUUAAGACGGACUUCGAGGCAACAACUGAACGAUAUUUGCCUGGGCUUCGGAAAUUCGAAACGGAAGUCAAGGCUCUAAUCGACGCUCUCGACAAGAAUCCCGAUCCAAAUGUGACGAUCAAUCCAAAUGUGAUUGAUGGGCCUUCUACGCAC